AUGGCUCACCAAUUCACACUUCACAUUCAUACUUCUGAAUACAACCGCUUGAAGAAUUUGGCUAAACACCGAAACGCAGACACAAUCCGUGAGAUUGAAAGGCCUGUAGUCGGCGCGCCAACCCUCCUCACAAGACAUCGUCAGGAGGACGUGCGCCGCAACGUCAAACAGCGCAAGCUCUUAGGUACUAACUCAAACGAGAAGAAGGAUUCCCCUUACGUAGGGUCAAGUCUGCAAGGUCUCAUGGAGAGUCCCAGAAAGGAGCACAAGUGGAUAUCAGCAACAGGUCUAGCUGAUACCGCCGCAACGAGAGCUUCGGCGGGUUUCAAGUCACAAAAGAUUAGCCCGCUACGGUUAAAUCAAGGAUCCAGUUCAACUCCAGCAAAGAAGAGGCACAUCCCUCUGGGUGAUGACGAUGAGACUGACGAUGGAGAUGACUUGGAUUUAGCUACGCCCUCACGCGUUACGGCUACAAAGGCAGCACGCACGGCCCAUACAUCUAGUCCAGCAAUGCCGCGAUCAACUCCACGGACAGCAUUUAGUACUCCUCGCUCACUGAAGUCAGCUAUGAACACAACUUCGCGGCCGGGCUCUAGCGUCAAGCGACCAACAGCACCUGGAGGAAGCCAAGCACGUAAGAUAAGCAAAAGCCGAGAUACUCAAGAAGAUAUCGAUGACGAUGAUCCUUUUGGGAUCAACAAACGAAGGAUUCAACGCCAAAAGUCAAGGGAACAGUUCCGCAAAACGGAAGAGAAAAUAGCCUCUAAACCAUCACUUGACGAUAUCCCUUCAUUCCUCUGA